CACAGAUUCCCGUUGUUGGAGCGCAGACGCCGGCCGCAGACACAAGUUUACCGAGCGACCAGACGGCGGGAGCCGUCACGCAUAAAUAUACCCACCACUUCACACUUCCUCUGUCGAGAACGAAUGCUGUCUCUUCUUCCCUUCUAUCGAGAAGCUGCCCGCGCGCUCCCUCCGUAGAGUCCAAACCGCCACAGGAAGCGCAACAGCGGAGUCUCCAAAAUGGCCGCCGAGGACAAGGAGACCGACUCGCCGCAGCCGCCGGCGAAGCUGCCCCGUCUCUCCUGCGCCGACACGAGCGCCGGAGUGGCGGCCUCGUCGCCUCUGGUUCUCGGGCUGGGCCUGGGGCUCGGCGGGGGCGGCGAGCGAGACGCGGAUGCGUCCCCGGCAACGGCGACGCCCAAGAGGCCGUCAGCGCUGACGUUCAUGCAGCAGCAGGAACUGGAGCACCAGGUGCUCAUCUACCGCUACUUCGCAGCGGGCGCGCCGGUGCCGGCGCACCUUGUGCUCCCUAUCUGGAAGAGCGUCGCCGCGUCCUCCUUCGGCCCGCAGCGCUUCCCCUCGCUGAUGGGCCUGGGGAGCCUGUGCUUCGACUACCGCAGCAGCAUGGAGCCGGAGCCCGGGCGGUGCCGGCGCACGGACGGCAAGAAGUGGCGGUGCUCCCGCGACGUGGUGCCGGGCCACAAGUACUGCGAGCGGCACGUCCACCGCGGCCGCGGCCGUUCAAGAAAGCCUGUGGAAGCCGCCGCCCCGGCGCCCAGCGCGGCGGCCGCCACCAGCCUCGGCGGCGGCCCCGUCCACCACACGGGCGGCGCGCCCCCGCCGCACGGGCUCGGCCUCUCCCCCACCAGCGUCCUCCUCGCCCACAGCGCCGCGCGUGCCACAUGAGUAGAGCGCUGCGGGCCGACAUCUUGGGCUGGGCCUCGGAAUCACGAGGAGAAACGGAAUCCGCAGGGAUUACAAUGUCGUGUGCGUGCUGUGAUUUUUUUCACUCCCAAAAGUCGCAGCUUCUUAAAAAACCCGGUUUGGGACGUCCGAUGGCAUGUGUCGCUGGCAGCUGGUUCGCUGCGUUUGCUUCUCUGUUACGUGUGCAUUGUAUUGUUUUGCCUGCC